UGAAUUUUAGAUCUUUAAGUCCAUCUCAUGAAAAAUCGGAGCAGAAACAAAGGUGCUGCGUUUAUAUUUUUGUUGAGUGUAAAAGACUGCUGUGAAUUUAGAGAGAAUGACAGGUUUAUGUUUGAUCGACGUGCUGUCUUAUGGUGAGUUACAGGUGAGCUUCUGAGGUUGAACAACAUUGAAAGAAAGCUGAACCUCAGUGGCACCCUGACCUCAGCUGACUUUAGACAUGAUGUGCCUGGAUUCAACCAGCCGUUAUGUGGUCAAACCCAUGUGACUGUUCAUCUUUCACUCCCAAUUAUAAUCUAGUUCACAUCUACCCCCACAUUCUGACACAUCCUCACAGUCACAAUCCUGACCUUGUCUGAGCAAAUUAAUCUAAAAUAUUUGUUUCCAGUGCAUAUGAUUCAGUGUGUAUGCAUACAUGUAAUGCAGUCUUUAAAUGGCCUUCGGUUAACAAAUGUCUUGCCAAAUUUCUACAUCCCAGAUUCACCAGAGACAUUAUCCAGGUCUACAGGCAUUUUUUGUUAGUUCAGUUUUACCCAAGGCUGCUGAAACAAAAAUCCAACACCUCCUUGACAUUACACAGUUGGGAGAAAGUGAGAAACAUAAAGGCCGUGCCAAGUCUGUCAGCGUUUAUAUGCAUCACACAUAGCCCUCUAACUUUCCCUUUAAUCCGCAUUUUACAUUACAAAGCCUAAGCUACAAUAACUGCUGUAUUUCUUUGUAACUGUAUUUAUUAUUUUUUCCGUUUCCUUCUCCAGCGAAAAAAGAGCAGGAUGGUGGAGACGAGAAGAAGCUAGUGCAGAAAAAGAAGGUGAAGGAGCUGAAGGUUCUUGAUGCCAAGUCCUCACAGAACCUCUCCAUUUUCCUGGGAUCGUUUCGUCUUCCGUACGAAGAGAUCAAAAAUGCUAUUCUGCAAGUAAACGAGAAGAUUCUGACUGAGUCCAUGGUUCAGAACCUGGUCAAACAGCUGCCACAAACAGAACAGCUGAGCAUUCUGGCAGACAUGAAGGAUGAAUACGAUGAUUUGGCUGAGUCAGAACAAUUUAGCAUAGUGAUGUCUGGUGUGAAGCGGUUGAUGCCACGUCUUCAGGCCAUCCUGUUCAAGCUGCAGUUUGAGGAGCAGCUUAACAACAUUAAGCCAGAUGUUGUGUCUGUAACAGCAGCCUGUGAGGAGCUCAGGAAAAGCGAGAAUUUUGCCAAACUGCUGCAGAUCAUUCUCCUUGUUGGGAACUACAUGAACUCUGGCUCCCGUAAUGGAAUGGCAUUCGGUUUUUCCAUUUCAUACCUGUGCAAGCUCCGGGACACCAAAUCAGCUGACCUGAAGCAGACGCUGCUUCAUUUUCUUGCUGGCGUGUGCCAGGAGCAGUAUCCUGAUGUCGUGAGCUUUCCUGAUGAGCUGAUUCACGUGGAAAAGGCCAGCAGAGUUUCUGCAGAGAUGAUUCAGAAGAAUCUGGAAUCGAUGGGUCGUCAGAUCAAGAGCCUGGAGAAAGAUCUGGAAACUUUCCCCCCUCCACAAAAUGAAAACGACCUCUUUGUGGAAAAGAUGUCGAGUUUUGUGAGUCAAGCACAGGAGCAGUAUGAGAAGCUGGAUUUGAUGCAUAAGAAUAUGGAGAAGCAGUACAGCGAUCUGGGAGAAUAUUUUGUGUUUGACCCGAGAAAAAUGUCAGUGGAGGAAUUCUUCGGAGACCUUAGCAACUUCAAAAACAUGUUCCAGCAAGCAGUUCAAGAGAAUCAAAAGAGGGCAGAGGCUGAGGAGAAGAUCAGGAUGGCCAAGCUGGCUAGAGAAAAAGCUGAGAAGCAGAAAGAGGACAGAGCAAAAAACAAGCUUCUCGACAUCACUGGAGACGAUGAAACUGGCAUCAUGGACGGCCUGCUGGAGGCACUGCAGUCGGGCGCUGCUUUCAGAAGAAAGAGAGGACCUCGGCAAGCAGCUAACCAACGGCGAGCUGGUCAAGCAGUAACCAACAUCCUGGCCAAAGAGCUGACACAGGAAGAUGCGUCUUCGUCGAGUAAAACAGUUGCAAAAAAGAUAAAGUUGGAGAAAGAGGAGGUGAAACUAGAAGGAGCUGACUCCUUGGAAGACCUUCUAGAUGCUGCAGCCUCGCGGGCUUGUUAGGCCCUCAGGUAGAAAAGGUUUUCAACUCACACGGUUUAUCACACAGUCCAGAGGCCAAGACCCAGAUUACUAAAAACUCAAUUUUUUUUCUUUUCAUCCUUUUUAUUUUUAUUUUUUUCAUCUGAGCUUCUUUUGGGGAAGCAUCAGUUGUUUUUUGCCAACAUUAUUAGGAUCCAACAUUGUCCUCAUCAUCUGCACCUUUACAUUUGUCCCUUUUUCUCAUUACUCUUCAUCCCUCGAUUCACCCGUCACUGACACAAACUCGAGGCAUUCCAAAGACUUUCUCAGGAGGGUUUAUUUAUAUAUAUAUAUACAUAUAGAGCUAUUCUGUUGGCAUUCCCAGACAGACACUUUUUGGUACAUACCACACCGUGUUCA